AUGGUAAACACAUCGAAAAUAGUUCAAGCUAUUCCUCUUGAAAGAUUAUAUGUUAUUCAUCGUGAUAUGAAAAAAUAUCAUGAUAAUUGGGAUGCUGAAAAAAUAAUUUCCUUGGCAUCUUCAUCAUCAACUGGAGAAGAUUAUGUAAUUUAUCAAUAUCUAAAUCGAGCUGCGGCAGCAGUGGGUGCUAGUUUAUUUUUAACAAACAAUGAAAAUUAUAAGGAAGCAGGAGGAAUAACUGCUGUAGUUUGUUUAUAUGCUGAUCUUGUUCUUUCCCAUACUAAAGAAAGGAUUUUUAGAACUGCAGAAAAGAAUACCAAAAUCCUUUAUGAAAGUUAUCAAGAGUUAGCCGAAAUCCUCAAACCUAUUAGUAAUUCUGACUUAUUGAACAAAUCCUUAAAUCAAUUACUUAAAUUGAGGAUUGAGAAAGAAGAAAUUAUAAAAUUAAUGGAAAUUCUUCAAGAGGCAAUAAGUGAAUAUCGUCAAGAACUUUCUGAUGAUGAAAUAGAAAAUAAAAUCAACGACAAAAUGUUAAAAUUGGAAGCAACUCAACUUUUUUGGAAAAUCUCUCUGUUAAGUGAUGAUGUUAAUUUUAUUCCAAAAGAGUUAAAAGAUGAUCUUAUUGGUUUCUUAGGAAAGAUUAAUAAAUCAAAUGUUGAUGAAUCUUUAGAUAUUUCAAAUGAUAAGAGAGAAAGAUUAUUAGAAGAAAAUGAGAUAGAACAAUUAAUUAUAAAUUUAAAAAAUGCACAAAUAAACUGA